AUGUUCCGAUACUGCUUGUUGGCGUUGGCCUGGAGUCUUCUGUCGGUAGCGUUUGCCGAAGAUAAUGAUUACGUGGACGUUUGCUUCGAUCAUGAAGGAGAAAAACCACCCCAUUGUGAAUUCAUCGAUUUCGAUGACGUCUUCCAGUCGUCCAGCACCGUCAAGUUCAACUGGAGCUUUAUCACGAAGCUGUCGAUCAGCAAUAAGAAGAUAAUUGGUGUGCCAACGAAAAUGUUUGCCUCACUCCCAAACCUGGAGAGCUUCAUCGUGCUGAACAGCUUGUUUUACCGAGAGAUUGAUCCGAACAGUUUCGUCGAUUGUAACAAGCUCAGCCACGUCGAGAUCACCGGUACCAACAUAACGCUGCUGGAUUCACACUUGUUCCCGAAAACCCCCAAGCUGCAGUACCUGCUGUUUCACCAUAACCGCCUGUCGGAGAUAAAACAUGACACGUUCGAGUUUCUCGUGGAGCUGGAGGAGCUCAACCUCUCGUACAACAACCUCACCAGAUUGCCCAGUGGCGUGUUUCACAAGCAACGGAAGCUGAAGUUGCUCGACCUGAACCACAACCGGCUGGUGUUGCUCAAUCUCGACAGUUGGCUCACCACAGAUGGGAUCAUCGCCAUGACGUUCCUUGACGCGUCAUACAACCAACUGGUCGACAUGGCCUGGACGGAUAUCGGCGUGCGUAAGGUGAACCUGAAGUACAACAACCUAACAUCCGUUCACAUCAACAACAACAGCAUCGAGGUGCACGCGUCCCACAACGCGAUCGAUUCCGUCGUAAUCGGUAGUGGCUGUAACCUAGAGAAACUCUACCUCGCCCACAACAACCUGCAUAGCUUCGAGUGGCUCGAGCACUGUGCCGAUACGCUACGAUCGCUGGACAUUUCGCACAACCUGCAACAAAAGAAUACCGACUUCCUGAACAUGAAGCAAAUCACAUCCCUCAACAUCGAGUGUACCAACAUCAGCCUGAACUACAAGACGCUGCACGACUUACGCAAGCUGCGCUUUCUGGACAUCUCAUACAACAACCUGAAGAAGAUCGACCUGGAAAAUCUCACGUCACAGCGGCUUCUGGAGCGGUUGAUGAUCAGCGGAAAUCCGAUCGCGAACAUUUCAAUCGGUUUGAUCAAGCGCAACUUCCCCAAUCUGAAGGCCCUCGGGAUCUACGAUCUACCGUGGAACUCCACUUCCCUAUCGAUCGCGAUCGACGACUUGAAGAAGCACGACAUCCAACCGUACAUUCGCAGCGAUUAUCUGUUCGAUGAGUCCAAGUGCCCACUAAAGGUAGCGCCCUCAUUUGGCAACGAAACCGACCACGAGCUGGGUGAGGAUGGCAGAGAUCGGCACGAGCACGGUAUUGCUGGUGAUAAGACGGCGGAGUAUGUCGUCAUUGCGUUGCUGCUGUGUAUGGUUUGCGGGUUGAUAGGUAAGCUGUUUGUCGACAGCCGAUACUUCCCAGUGUUGUUCAAGGAGCGCAUCCAGCGGCGAUCGUCUAUCUCGCACGAAAGUUUGGUAUCGUGCGAUCUGAAUGGCUAGUUGCAUUGAACGGUACAGUGUGAGCGUUUGGUGCAGUGUAUGUUAAAUGGUGCAAAUAAUAUUAAUCAAGUGCUGCCUAAUGGCCGCACGGAUGGUAACAGGAUUUACACUGGGCAGUUCGCGUGCCGGAAACAUGAAUCAGGUAUGCUUCGGGUUUCGUUCUAGCCCAAGUGUUAUCAGUCGCAGGUCAGUAGCGCGCUGGUAGUGGUGCACUUCCUUUGUUUUGUUGUCAAUGAUUCGAAACCUGGUUUAGGUCUUGAGUCAUGAGUCAUGGGAAAGUUUAAAAUCUAAUAUAUUUAAAACGACGUAAUAGAAGAGCUUCGCUUCAAGCACGCCAUGCAAUCACCAACAGUUUGGUUCUUGUGCACAGAAUGAGCGGAAAAUCUUGCGCUUUCAACGAUAUUCUGAUUACGGAAAAACAAUAACAUCCAACUACACCAGCGGACACCCACUCAAGACCGCAAUUAUCAAUUGUGAAACAGGUUCUUGAUAAGCGUUGUGGAAGGAACGCAAAUGAAACGUCCUUGCGCUCGCCUUGUACUGUAUAGAAAUAACCCAUAAGCAAACCUAACAAUUUGCAGUGCGUGUGUGUGAAUAUGUGUGAAUGUGCAUGUGUGACAAAGAACACGAAGAAUGUUUUAGCGCAACCAUAUAAAAAGUCGAUAAUAAAUCCCGUUCCAUAGUUUCGAA